GGGAUCACGAGGGACAUGGUCGAGAGAGCACGCAGGACAGCGCAUUUCAGGCUCGUGGUCCUCGACGGGAGGGCCUACGUUGAGAAGUACAGGUCGGCGGUACAAACAAGGGAUGUGUUCACCUUGUGGGGCAUAUUGCAACUCCUUAGGCGAUACCCUGGAAGAUUGCCUGAUUUGGAGCUGAUGUUUGACUGUGACGAUCGGCCGCUUAUCCAAAUGAAGGACUAUCGACGCCCCAAAUCAGGACCGCCGCCGCUAUUCCGAUAUUGCGGGGACGGAAAGACGUUGGACAUAGUGUUUCCAGAUUGGUCUUUUUGGGGAUGGGUGGAGACAAAUAUUAAACCAUGGACACAUGUGUUGAAGGACAUAGGAGAAGGCAAUAAGAGGAUUAAGUGGGAAGAUAGAGUGCCCUAUGCUUAUUGGAAAGGGAACCCUGAUGUGGCCUCCACCCGAAGAGACCUUCUCAAAUGCAAUGUCACGGAUAAAUAUGACUGGAAUGCCCGCUUAUUUAAACAGGAUUGGGGGAAACAAUCUAAACGAGGGUACAAGCAAUCCAACCUGGAGGACCAGUGUACCCAUCGCUAUAAGAUAUACAUUGAUGGGUGGGCGUGGUCUGUAAGCAAGAAGUACAUCCUGGCAUGCGAUUCUAUGACUCUGUUCGUACGUCCAAGUUACUAUGAUUUCUUCACCAGAGGAAUGGUCCCCUUGCAACACUACUGGCCAAUUAGGGACAACUCCAAAUGCACCUCCCUCAAGUUCGCCGUGGAAUGGGGCAACAACCACACCGACGAGGCAAAGACCAUCGCAAAUGGUGGGAGCCACUUCAUAUUCAAUGAGCUGAAGAUGGAGUACGUGUAUGACUACAUGUACCAUGUGCUGAGUGAGUAUGGAAGGCUAUUGACAUACAAGCCAAGAAUACCACCAAAGGCAGUAGAGGUAUGCUCAGAGACAAUGGCGUGCCCAUCAAAUGGGACAUACAGGAGGUUCAUGGAGGAGUCCAUGGUGAUGUCCCCAAGAGGAGGAGCCCCAUGCACUCUCCCUCCUCCAUUUGACCCUCCUUCGCUCCAAGCCUUCAAUGAGAAGGCGGCUCGUUCCACUUGGCAAGUUGAGAUGAUGGAGAAUGACUAUUGGCGAGAAGUCAACAGCAAGGACAAAGACAAGAACAAGGACAUGAAGAAGCCCCUCCAGGGGAAGAAGAAUCCCUUUUAA